AUGGCCACUCGUAGCGCCGCUCUCAAGGUCGACUGGGCCAAGUUGACCAGCUCCCUCGGACUCCGCGGCCAGACCGCUGCUUCCCUCCAGGCCUUCAAGAAGCGUAACGACGAUGCGCGCCGCAAGGUUCAGAUCCUGUCUGAGCAGGCCCAGACUGUCGACUUCGAGCACUACCGCAAGGUCCUGAAGAACCAGGCCAUCGUCAACGAGAUCGAGAACCACUUCAAGACCUUCAAGCCCGCCACCUACGAUGUCAGCCGCCAGCUGAAGGCCAUCGACGCUUUCGAGGCUCAGGCCGUCAAGGGCGCUGAGGAGACCAAGGGCAAGGUUGAGUCCGAGCUCCGCAGUCUCCAGAAGACCCUCGAGAACAUUGAGACCGCUCGUCCCUUCGAGGACCUCACUGUUGACGAGGUUGCCGCCGCUCAGCCCGAGAUCGACGAGAAGACCGCCUCCCUUGUCUCCAAGGGCAGAUGGAUGCCGGCUGGUUACAAGGAGCGCUUCGGCGACAUGUCCGUUGUUUAA